AUGAUUUAAUCAAAAAUAAUAGAAAAAGACGAUCUCUUUAAUUGUUUGGAGCAUAAUCUUCCAGCCUUAACGAUUGUUUGUGAUAAUGAACUUAAGAAAUACUAAAGACUUUUGUGUGGUCACUGUGAGGAAAAUUUUAAAUCAAAGACUCCAACAAUGAGCUUUUAGAAAACUAUAGAAAAUAUUGAAGAAAAUUAAAAAUAAAAGAAAGAAUCUAUUGAGAAUGUCAUAAUUAUUAAUAUUAAAUAACUUGAACAAUUCUUAAAAACUCUUGAUCUAUUAAAAUCUAAUUUUGUUAAAUAAUUAGAUUCAUUAAUUGAAAAUGGAAAUUUAUGGAUCACUGAAAUUGUGUAAUGUGGACAAUAAAAUGUUGCAUAUAGUGUCUUUGAUGAAAUAGAAAAACUAAUUACUCAAUAAAAACUUAAAUAAUACAAUGAACAAUCUUUUAUUGAUUAAAUUAAUAAAAUUAAUUAAUCAUAGAAUCAAAAGAUUAUUAGAACAUUAAAGGUAUUUAUAUUAUUUCAAGAAACCUAGGAAUGUGAUAAAUUAUUAAAAAAUUUAGAAAAUGCCGAUUAAAUACUUGAGACAGAAAUGUUGAUUGAAGGAAAAUUAAAAAGGGAUACUCAGAAUUAAAUGGAAGAGAGCAAAGUUUUAGUUCAAAAAAAAAAUCUAAAAAUAACCGAAUAAAGUUUUGAUUAAAUAUCUAACUUAAAUCUAAGUAAAUCAGAAGAAUUAUAUUAAAAAGGUAAUAAAUCAAUAAUUUAGGAUUUUAACUAUAUUAUGAUAAUUAAUAUGUAGAGGCUAUAAAAAUAUUGGAUGAAGCAUUAAAUAAUAAUUCCAAACAUUUAUUAUCCUUAUAUAUUAAAGGUAUGAUUAAAUUUAAUGAUUAGCGGAAAGUUUAAGAAUGCUUGGGGAAUAUAAGGAAGCCAUCAUUUGGGUAGAUAAAGCUUUGGAAGAAGAUCCAAAGCAUUGCGAUUCAAUAUCUACUAAAGGUAUGAUUCUAUUUUAUUUUAUUAGCGGACAGUUUAAAAAUGCUUAAUAAAUUCAAUGAAGCGAUUGUUUGGGCGAACAAAGCUUUGUAAACAGAUCCAAAGCAUUGGCUAUCAUUAUAUAUUAAAGGUAUGAUUAAAAUUAAAGAUUAGCGGAAAGUUUAAGAAUGCUUGGGAAAGAUAAUGAAGCAAUUAUUUGGAUAGAUAAAGCUUUGGAAUUAGAUCCAAGGCAUUGCAAUUCAUUACGUACUAAAAGUAACAUAUUUCUUUAUUUGAAGGUGCAUCAUUAUUAUCAUAAAAAAGGUAUAAUGAAGCUAUGAAUGUGAUUGAAUAAUCUCUGAAAAUCAACCCAAAUCAUUUUCAUUCAUUAUUAUCAAAAGGUUGAUGUAAUAUUUUAGGUUUUAGGUUUAUGUUUACAAGAAUAGAAUCAAUAUUAUUAAGCCUUGGAUGCUUAUGAAAAAGCUUUAAAGAUUCAUUCUAAUAACUAGUGGGUGAAGGAUAGAAAAGGUAAUAUAUAUGAUUAAUAUUCAGAUGAAUGUUUAAGAGCUCUAAAUAAAAAAUAGAAUUGAAUUAUAAAU